AUGCCCGAUAAUCGCACACCCGCUGCAGCUCAACAACUCAUGGGCGCUGUCCAAGCUGCCAUCUCGAGCCUUCCGGCUCCCAGAGAUCAAUCCAGAAUUGCCAUCGGGGACUUUGCGCUGUUCGAGAAACUGUUAGGGUGCACUGCUCUCCUCACAGAAGGGCUGCUCUCAGCUGCAGUGUCAUUCAAGCAUCCAACGCGGUUGGUACAUCCGCUUGGACCAGGGCCGUCGGGCCCGAAGAAGAAACUGAUAGUCUUUUCGCGAGAGACAAAGAACAAUCUCGACAUGCGCACUGUAUUGCUGGAGAGUCUGGUGUAUGCUCUACGUUGGGUCGGGUUCUCAUACAGUGUCUUUGAUGAGAUUAUGUGCGUUCACAUAAAGAACAUGGAUUCUCAACACGACAUACCUUCCAAUCCACAAGGGCCACUGGGCUUCAAAUUCUUGCCUCUCUUCAUCUGCCUCGGUCGUCAAGCCCCAAACACGGACAUCGACAUGUUAGUCCGAGGUUACGACGGCCUCUCAACCGCGCUAUCUGGUCUGCGGAACUUCCUUCAUCGAUGGUCCACGCAAGCUUUACUCCGCUUCACCUUCUUCUUUUUCCAGCGACGGGGCGGCCUUACGCAGAAUAUCGUGGACCUAUUCGAAUCUUGGUACCGAAUAGGAGGCAACUUCAUUAAUAACGCCCGUACUCUCCAUCCAGGCGAUGCCUUACGCCUAGGCCAAGCGACUCAAGCUAGUAACAUGGGUGCCCAAGUCGAGACAGCGAUGAGAGCACGCGUCCAUCCUCCUUUUACGGGCCAAGAAUACCUCCAGCUGUGUGUUGCGGUACCCGGUACACCACAAGAGCGACAGCGAAGUGCUUGUCUUCAAAUGCUAUACGUCUUGAUGCAGCUGAAUAUCAACAAAGGCAAUGGCGCCUAUUACAACUAUCACCGCAACUCGUUUGUAUAA